AUGCAGCGCCCGAGCUACCAGAACCCGCCGCCGGCGCACUCACCACCGCUUCACCAUCCCAUCCCACAGCACGUGUCUACCGUUCCACAACUACGAUCACCACCACCCCCUCAGCCUCCAUCGCAACCGCACAGCGCCUAUGGCUACGGACAACACGGUGGGGGCAUGCCUCAGCAACAGCAGCAGGGCGGCUACACACACCCCUCGUUUGGGGGCUUCAUCAACGAUCCCACCGCCCAACUAGGCUUUCAAAUGGGCAAGAGCGCCGUAGAUGCUGGACAGCAAUACGUCGAGCAAAAUAUUGGCCGCUUCAUCUCCGUCUCAGCGCUAAAACAUUACUUCAACGUCACCAACAUUUACGUCCUCGCCAAACUGCGCAUCAUACUGUUCCCCUGGUGGCACAGGCCAUGGUCACGACAGCAGCGUCACAGCCCUGAUCCUGCCGUUGUGCCCUCGUCUCUAUACCUGCCACCACGCGAAGAUGUCAAUUCUCCAGACAUGUACAUCCCCACCAUGGCCCUUGUCACGUACAUCCUGCUCUCAACACUUCUUGCAGGUCUGAGAGGCCAAUUUAACCCUGAACUUCUGGGAUAUACAGCCACGCUCGCCAUCUCGGUCACGUUACUGGAGAUCCUCAUCAUUCGAACGGGUACAUUUCUUCUUGCCAUCACCAACUCGUCGCAGCUACUUGAUUUGGUCGCGUACAGUGGCUACAAGUUUGUACAUGUCAUUGUAUCGCUCCUCCUAUCCCGUCUGACCGGUUGGCUUGGGUUCGGGAGCGCGUGGGUCUCCUGGAUCAUCUUUCUCUACUGCUUCGGCGCCAAUGCCUUCUUCUUGCUCAGGAGCUUGAGGUAUGUUUUGCUUCCUGAUCAGGGUGGACAGGGUAUGGGUGUCGGCGGGAACGUAGCCGCUGGUUACACUGUCCAGAAAAGCCAGAAAAGCCGGAGAACACAGUUUCUGUUCGUGUACAGUUACAUUGUUCAGUUUGGGUUCAUGCUGUGGCUGAGCAGAGUCUGA